AUGAUGACGCCUGGCGGAAGCGGGAGAUUCAGGCCAUUACCGACGGCUAUGUACGCCGGAUAUUCAGGAACGGCGUCGUCUUGGGUUGCGAAAACUUCUGUUUCUGCUUCUGGGAAGAGGAUACAGAGAGAAAUGGCUGAGCUUAACGUUGAUCCACCUGCUGAUUGUUCUGCUGGGCCAAAAGGAGAUAAUCUCUACCAUUGGAUCGCCACCAUUAUUGGACCCUCGGGUACUCCUUAUGAAGGAGGGAUCUUUUUUCUGGAUAUAAUUUUUCCUUCUGAUUAUCCAUUUAAACCACCUAAGCUGGUGUUCAAGACGCGGAUCUAUCAUUGCAAUGUCGAUACUGCGGGGAAUCUAAGUGUGGAUAUUCUAAGAGACAGUUGGAGUCCAGCUCUUACAAUCACAAAAGUCUUACAAGCCAUCAGAUCGAUCUUCUUAAAACCUGAACCAUAUAAUCCAGCUUUACCAAUGAUUGCACGGCUCUACUUGUCGGAUAGAGAAAAGCAUGACGAGGUAGCUAAAGAAUGGACAUUGCGAUUUGCCAAGUGA